AUGGGCUCUUACAUGAACUCCAAAAACCUUGGGGAUGCGUCUCAACUGGAUGGGAGGACAGCUGUCAAUUUCCCGUUGGCUCGCCAGUCUUCCAUAUACUCCCUCACAUUUGAUGAGUUCCAAAAUACUCUAGGUGGACCUGGGAAGGAUUUUGGGUCCAUGAACAUGGAGGACCUUUUAAAGAGCAUCUGGACAGCCGAAGAGAGCCAGACCUUACAGCCGAGGAGUAGUGAAAAUUUACAGCGGCAGGGCUCUCUUACACUGCCACGUACACUUAGCCAAAAAACCGUCGAUGAAGUUUGGCGGGACGUUUUGAAAGAAACCGUAGGAGUAAACAGUGGGGGUUUGACCUUGGGUCAAAGGGAGCCCACUUUGGGCGGGAUGACCCUCGAAGAUUUUUUAGCCAAGGCAGGGGUCGUUAGGGAAGAGGCCCAACUUCCCGAGAAAACAAACGGGAUUUAUUUAUACGGCGCGCCAAAUGAGAACACGAACAAUUCAGGUUUAACCAUGGGAUUUCAACAACAGCCAUUGCAAAGUAAUCUCGCCGUGUUGACCGGUCAACAAGUGACAACAGCAGCUUCUCAACCACAACUGCAGCCUCUAUUCCCGAAGCAAACGACCCUCACGUUUUCCUCACAGUCGACACAAAUCGGAAGCAACAUUCAGCUCUCGAGAUCAUACCGUGCAAAAGGACCGAUGGUAGGAACGAAAAACGUCGUGAAUAAUUUGUAUGCUGCUGAUGGCAUAGUGAAGAGCUGUGCAGACACGCCCUCGUCCUGUUCGCCUCCUCUGUCUUACAAUUUCGAGGAGGUUGGGAGGGGAAGGAGGUCGAACAGCUCUUUGGAGAAAGUGGUGGAGAGGAGGCGUAAGAGGAUGAUCAAGAACAGGGAAUCUGCUGCUAGGUCACGAGCUAGAAAGCAGGCAUAUACUCUGGAGCUGGAGGCAGAGGUGGCGAAACUGAAAGAAAUGAAUGAGGAGCUGAGGAAGAAGCAGAAGGAGUUUAUGGAGAUGCAGAAGAAUCAGAUUCUGGAGAAAAUGAAUAAGCCCUGGGGAGAGAAAAGAGUAUGCUUGAGGAGGACACUAACUGGGCCUUGGUAA